AUGGUGCGCCUGCUGAGCUGCCUCCUGCUCGGAUACCUCACUUGGAAUCUGCAGAUCUCGGACGCGCAGGGGGAGUACUGCCACGGCUGGCUGGACGCCAGCGGCAACUACCACGACGGCUUCCAGUGCCCGGAGGACUUCGAUACGAGCGACGCCACCGUGUGCUGUGGUUCGUGCGCGCUCCGCUACUGCUGCGCCGCCGUGGACGCGCGCCUGGAGCAGGACGGCUGCACCAACGACCGGCCGGCCGCCGACAACACCGAGUAUGCGGCGCAGCCCGUCUACAUGCCCUUCCUUAUGGUGGGCAGCAUGUUCGUGGCCUUCGUAGUAGUGGGCUCCCUGGUGGCCGUCUACUGCUGCACCUGCCUGAGGCCCAAGCAGCCUGCCCAGCAGCCCAUCCGCUUCUCGCUGCGUAGCUGCCAGGGAGAGACCAUUCCCAUGAUCCUCACAGCAGCGCCUCCCAGUCUCCGCGCCCCGUCCAGACAGUCUAGCACGGCCACCACCAGCUCCAGCUCGGUGGGAGGCGGCGGCUCCGUUCGCAGGUUCUCAAUUGGGGGGCAACAGCAGCACAGCUGCCCAGUGUCGGCCACCGUGUCCGCGCCGAUGUCCGCUCCUGUGCCAAGCCGUCAGACUCUUCCGCCGCCUCUGCCGCCACCCUACACGUCUCCCGUGGCAUCGGGGGGUCUCCAGCACGCUCACGCUCACGCUCACGCUCAGCUGCCCAUCCAACAGCCCUCGCAGGGCGCCGCUUUCCUCCUGCCCCAGCAAUACUUUUUCCCCAUGCAGCCCGAUGCGUUUGGUUCGCCUAAGGCCUUCUCCGAUUUUGGUCAGAGUUGA